ACAACGCUUUGAAAACGAGUUACCCUCUCUCACUCCUUUGAGGGCGAAACGCAGGAGUCCGUUGAAGUGCGGACCCGAAGCGCGUGAAUCGGAAGCGAUGCGCUGAGCCGAUGUCGCGUCGACGUGCGGAAUUGUGCACGUCGAGCGAAAGGCAAACGUGUUUUGGCGCCGCUGAUUGACACGGGCUUUUGUCCUAAGAAGAACGGGGAAACAGGCAGUCGUCAAAGACCGCAAAUUCUCACAGCACAAAAACCCAGAGGAAUUUUUACGGGGCAUCGCUCGAGCUGCGCCUGCCUCAUCGCGCUGGCUGUCAGCCGAAAUCCCGACGCUUUCCAACGUACCGGAGGCUCCGCGAUCACGCUCGUUUACGGUUAGCGGACGCUGAAUACCUCGAGGCCGGGGCCGACGUUGUCGACGGGAACGAAGAGAAGUACGAGAGGCGCAGAAAAGACCUUGGCAGUGCCGUGCGAGAGGUGGAGGAAGGUGGAAUAAUCCUAAAACGAACGGUGCCGCCCGGCUCCUGAGAGGGAAUUUACAAAGACUGGAAAGCAUGGAGGAAAUCGACGGGAGAGAUGAAGCCGACGACAACGGGCAGGAAAAGGGACCGGACCGGACGACGACGACGACUGGUCCGAAGCCACGGAAACGUCAACCGUGAGAGAAGCCGCCGGCGUCGGUGUUCCGCCGCGUGUAUCGGAACCUCGAGCGAAAGCAAAGCGUGCGUCUUUCGCGAGGUCGGAGGUCGGAGGUCGGUGCGCACGACGCGCGUGUAACUUAACGCCACGGCCUUUCUUCUGUGACGCCGACGGUGGCGCUGGGACCGGAAGGUCUCGUCCGGUCGAAUGAACCCACGCAGGGGCUACUAAAAUCCUCCGCAGAGCGCCGCGACCGGCUGAGGGAGCAGACGUUUCCAAAGAGACGGACGGUUCUUCCCGCAGCCUUCGCCGGCACGGGAGCCUUCGACAUUUUCCGGAUCGACCGCGCAUCGGCGACUCGAGCUGCCGAGAAGCCUCGAACCGCCGUACCUCGGCCCGGGCGAUGAACUGGACGGAGUCGGAGCAGAGCUGUCAAUUGCUGAAAUGCUCAUUAUUGAGGAGAUUUCCGUGGCGCCCAAAGAUCUCUUUGCAUAUGUGGGCGCAAGAUUGAAGCAAAUCCAAGGAACGAAUUCACCUUUUGGUGGAACGUCUGUUCUCGCUGUCGGAGAGGUCUAUCAGCUGGCGCCUGUGAGACGGCGCCAACCUUGGUGUGCGUACGACCCGACCCGACCCGACAACUUUGAAAUGAUCACAUGGACUGAAAUCACGAGGCAGAAAGAUGGCGUCCCUUUUGCUGAACUGCCGAACCGACUCCGCGUCAAAGGAACGUCCGAUGAGCUGCCAGAACGAGACGGAGCUCGGCUUGCCGCAGCUUUCGCCCUCCCGGGACCGUGCCCGAAGGACACGCCGCACAUCUAUGCCACAAAUAAACCAGCGGAUAGCCAUAACUCUGAAAUGUUGAACCUGCUUCACCAGGGCAUUGUGACAAUGAAAGAAAAAGAAAGCUUCCGUUUCCCAGGAUCCCCUGAACGCACCGCCGGGUGCUCUCAGGUGCUCGCGCUGCUUCGUCAGAGUGUCGCUUUCCUCCUCGAAGAGCACAAACCAUCGCCCAGGUGUGAGAAGACGACCUCUUGCUGACCCCUCAAUCCAACUCUUGUCGCUGCUCUAUCUUUUGUCUCUGCCUUCCUUCUAUCUUUCACCUCUCAAGAUGUAUAUAAAAAAAAAAAAAAAAAAAAAAAAGGGGGUGGGGGGGGGCAAGAGAUGUCAGGCUCGCAAAGUUGAACUGGGAGAAGCGUGCUCAAAACCACUCCCGGGCACCUGUUGCAUCCUCUGGUGAUUUCUAUGCCACUGCCGCGCACUUCGGUGCGCGCAAUUUGCCCGCCGCAGUUGCAAGCAACGAUUUCCGUGCCUUUGCGCCAUUUGAAAGCAAGGAUUUCCGUGGCGCGGCUGCCGCACGCCUCGAGAACUGCGCCAGUGUCGGGGUCCCGAUUUCCUCGCCCCGUCUUCGGAGAGCCGCACCUGUCGGAGACCCGAUGACUGACGAGCCUGUCGAGGGAAAAGCUCUGCUGCGACACGAUCGGGUGACGAAGUUGCAUCACUCGACCGGCGCUGAUCGAGAUCUCGUUCGUGUACUUUGGCUGUUUUGAAGGCCCGAGGACGAUGCACGGACAGUCGUUUGGCAACGGAUGAAAUUCCGGCGAUUGUUCGUGGUUUGGGAAAAAAAAAAAACCAGACGUGUAAAUAAACGUGUCAAUCGACGUA